CACUAAUAGAAAUUCAAAUAGUGUCUGAAAAUGUGAAUGCAUCUGUUGUGCCCACCCCCACCCACACCACCCGACGCGAAUAAGCACCAAGAGAUGGCAGCAUCAACCUUGAAUCCAUCUUUUCCGUUUUGGCACUCCUAAUUGAAUUUCCACACGAGACAAAAUGGCUGACGCUUCCACCGUUACCAUCAGGACCCGCAAGUUCAUGACCAACCGCCUGCUUCAGCGCAAGCAGAUGGUGGUCGAUGUCAUCCACCCCGGCCUUGCCAACCUGAGCAAGGACGACGUCCGCGAGAAGCUUUCCAAGCUUUACAAGGCUGACAAGGAGGCUAUCUUCCCCUUCGGCUUCCGCACCCAGUUCGGUGGAGGUCGGUCCACUGGCUUUGUCCUCAUUUACGAUUCGUUCGAGGCUGCCCAGAAGUUUGAGCCCAAGUUCCGUCUUGUCCGUCAGGGCCACGGCACCCACGGCACCAAGUCCCGCAAGCAGCGCAAGGAGCGCAAGAACCGCCUGAAGAAGCUGCGCGGCACCGCUAAGGCCGGUAAGGACAAGAAGAAGAAGAAGGAGUAAGCGUAGCUCUUGUAGUAUUUUCUUACUUUAUAUUACAAAACAUUGUCAGGCCACUUGUCGGCACUUUUUCUUU